AUUAUAACAUUAUUUAUUGUAUUCCCUCUCCCACUCAAAUCCGAAAGUCGGUUUGUAUUGUAAACCACAUUCUAUAGUCGAACCCAACUCCACCAUACAAAAUACCGAAACCUCCAGACCCAAAGUUUGACGAAUUCAAUCCAACAACACUAAGGUUUGAUCCUCAAUUCACCAUUUCUUUCAGGAUUUCAUGGUUUUUUUGGUGUCUGUCAAUCAUAAUCCUCAUUCUACUUGAGGAUUUUACUCCGAUUCGAUGAAUAUGAGCCAUUUUACCGGUAUUGAUUCUGUUCGAACUCCGACUCCUUCACUAAGAACUGCUGCUCUACCUACUUCGACUUCUAAUUCUGUUGCUGCCUUCCCGGUUUCGGAGGAUGCGAGUAAGAAGAUUCGAAAGCCUUAUACAAUUACCAAGUCGAGAGAGAGUUGGACGGAGCAAGAGCACGAUAAGUUUCUUGAAGCUCUUCAAUUAUUUGAUCGUGACUGGAAGAAGAUUGAAGCAUUUGUUGGCUCAAAAACAGUUAUCCAGAUUCGCAGUCAUGCUCAAAAAUAUUUUCUAAAGAUUCAAAAAAGUGGGAAAAGUGAGCAUGUACCUCCUCCUCGACCAAAGAAGAAAGCAUCUCAUCCAUACCCACAAAAGGCUCCUAAGAAUGCGACCACUCAGCAUCCUGGGAUGUAUCAACCCCUAUCUUCUCCAUUCGAACCAAGAUAUAUUUACAUUCCAGACUCAGCAGCAGGGUUUGGACUUCCUAGUCCAAAUGCUACCUUCUCUUCUUGGAGCUGUAGCCCUGUGCAGACUAUUGAUGUGUCACAAGUACCCAAAGUAUGUGGACCAACAUUGGCACAUAGUAGCAGUAGUGAGAGCACUCCACGGACAUGGAAACUUGGAGAAAUUUCUGACCAAGGAAAUCAGAGCAUGCGAAACAGAGUUAUGCCGGAUUUUGCUCAAGUUUAUAGCUUCAUCGGCAGUGUAUUUGAUCCCACUGUUUCGGGUCAUAUUCAGAGACUAAGAAAGAUGGACCCAAUAAAUCUAGAGACGGCUCUGCUUUUAAUGCAAAAUCUUGCCAUCAACUUGAUCAGUCCAGAAUUCGAAGACCACAGAAAACUGAUUUCAUCAUAUGAUGAAGACAUGAAGAAGGCCAAAUCUGGUAGCCUCUUUAACAGUCUACACAACGUCAGAUCAGACAAUACCAUUAUAUCAGCUUAGAGAAUAAUAAGAUGUCAGGUUGGUUGAGAAGUUGAUAUUGUUGCAUAUAAUGUAUAUAUGCUCAAUAAUACAUUAUGUGGAGAUAUGUCGAGCUAGUCGCACUAGUGGGCGUUCUUGAAUGUAUCCCCUUGUAAAUGAGUAGGAAGUACUUGAUGAUAAACGUAUGCAGUGUAGAUAGAGUGAUUUUACUCUACUUCAUGCCCCGCGGGUUCGAGAUCAGUGUAUAGAGGUUUGAGUACGUAAGGGGCUGUAUUUUGGGGUUUGUUGUAAUAUUAGUUUAGUUAGUUGGGUGUAUUGUAUAUUUUAUAUUAUGAACAAAACGAUAGUUUCCUACAUAAGGUUGGAUCAUGAAGUGAGAUCGUAUUUGUGAAA